UGGAAACUCGCUCACUUUAUACUUGUCCGAUAAAUGAUGUAAAUUUUAUGUUCAGUGUCAGGGGUGAACAUUAAAUUAUUCUGACACUCGACAUUUCCUAGUGCGUAAGAAAGGUUUACUAGACGGUAGAAAAAAUGUUGCGAAUUUUGAUAAUUUCGCUCGGCAUCCUUGGGAUCCAAGGAAUGGAGAGCAAAAUUGAUUUUUCAUUGCUAGAGUCCUCUGAACCUGCGGAUAUAUUGAUUUCAUUUGGUCAGAUUCCGUCAAGUAUCUAUAGGUCCAACAAUGCUCGGAUCUCUCGCACCAAUCACAUCUCCAACAUGGUAUCAUCUCUGAAAAGCCACAGCAGUGAUUCUCAGAACGAUGUGACUGACUUUCUUCAAAAAGAGCGUAUUCCAUUCGAACAAUUGUGGAUUACUAACCAAAUUGUGAUCAAACGAUGCUCCCAGGGAAUUAUGCGAAAACUUAGCGAAUUUCCGUUGGUCUCCAGAAUCAGUGAGGACGUUCAUUAUCCCCUCGAUGAACCCCAGUUCCCGGUCCAAGUAUCUGGUACAAAAAUUGGGGACACGCCAGAGUGGGGGAUUUCGAUGGUUAAGGCCCCAGAAGCAAAUUCUUUACUUUCCGAAGUUCUUGGAUCAGAUGAUGGAACCGUAGACCUACCAGAGAUUCGCGUAGUUGUGAUUGAUACUGGGAUUCUUCACACCCAUGAAGCAGUGAGAAAUAAUUUCUUGGGAACUUAUGGAUGGUAUGACCCUUCUAAUGGACGACUAGACCCCUACGACGAUAACGGACAUGGAACUCAUGUAACAGGAACAAUCUGUGGAACUAAUGGAAUCGGUGUUUUCCCUAACGCCAAGUUUAUGAGUUGCAAAGGUUGCGGAGCAAGCUGCGCAUCAUCAGCGCUUAUUGCGUGCGGUCAAUUUGCGGUAUGUCCUCACUUGAGUGACGGAUCCAGUCCUAACUGCUCCUACGCUGCGUCUGUUGUCUCAAACAGUUGGAAUGGGGGCCAAGGGCAGACUUGGUUCGACCCGGUCAUUGAGGCGUGGCACUCAGCAGGAAUAAUACCCGUCGUUUCGUCAGGAAACACUGGACCACCAUGUGGAACAGUCUCUUCCCCUGCAGAUCGAAAUGUAAUUGCUGUCGGAUCGACUACUAACAUUGAUUCCAUCUCGUACUUCAGUGCGGUUGGACCCUCCGUUUUCGGAGAAGUGAAGCCUGACCUUACCGCACCAGGACAUGACGUAGUAUCAGCGUGGAUCACAGGAAAUACAGCUUAUGCGAUGGCAUCGGGUACUAGCAUGGCUUGUCCUCAUGCGACAGGUUUGAUCGCAUUGCUGCUCGCAUACAAGCCGGACUUGACCUAUGCCCAAGUUAAAGAAGCUCUUUUCGGGGGAGCAGACACUGCCAACUUGGUGGCUAGUGGGAGAAACUGUGGGGGAAUAAAUGAGUCCGAAUUUCCAAAUAACGUAUACGGACAUGGGAGAAUAAAUGCCUUAGAAUCACUCAAGGCUUUGAUAGAAGCUUACCCCAUAACUACCGAACCCCCAACAGAAGAACCAACUACCGAACCCCCAACAGAAGAACCAACUACGGAACCACCUACUGAAGAACCAACUACAGAACCACCCACUGAAGAGCCAAUCACAGAAGAACCACCCACAACUCCAACUCCAGGAAAUGGUUGCGUUCACGGACCCUUCUGGUUUCCUGAUGAAGUAAAUGUUCCGAAUCUGAUUUGCAUUUGCCAAUCUUCCUGCUCCUCCCAAUAUUCUUACAACUGUCUCACGGCCGCCAAUCCCUAGAGUACAUCUGAUUUGACCUGAAUGCAUUAUUAUAAGUAUACAUCGACACCCACAGCAAUAUAAUAAUUAAUUUGCAAUCAUCACAUAAUGCCUUGUUCUGUUGUUUCUUACUACUAAAAGCAGAAAAUUUAGGGUUUACUGCUAGCACAUUUUAAAAGCAAACUGAUUGACUCAUAUAACGCAUAAACCUCAACCAAUGGAAAGACACCAAGAAAGCAAAAAAUUGUGCCCUACAUUGUAUUGUUCAAUGCAUACUCACUUUCACUCGAAAUAAGUGCAUGAAAUAAAAUUAGUAAAUACUGA